AUUGAUUUAAUCGAAAAAAUUUUCAUUAGUGUUUGGAUUUUACGAAAGAGGAUACAAAAAUGGCUGCUAUUCUCUCACAAGUUUUUCGCCGUCAAAUUGCUAUUAGCUUAAACAGAUCCCAAGCUGGAACUGCUGCCUCUGCUGGUGAACAUUCUGGUGGUUAUAAAGUAUGGAAGCGUCUUUCAUUCUUCGUGGCAGUGCCUGCUGUAGGUCUUUGCAUGUUGAACGCCUACUUGAAGCAUCAGGAAGAGCAUGACCAUCCUCGUGCGGAAUUUAUCAAAUACGAUUAUUUGCGUCGUCGGGAAAAGCGAUUCCCAUGGGGCGAAGGCAACAAAAGCUUAUUCCAUAAUCCACACGUCAACCCACUGCCCGAUGGUUAUGAACACUAAUUUAAAAGCAAAAUUGUAAAAUUGGGGAGGGCCACAUAGUAAGUCUUGAAUGGACCAGUUCAAUUUGUCGCUUUUACUUGAUAUCAUUUCAUGAAAAUUUAUAAUUUAUAGACAAUGAUUUCGAUUGACAAAUAAAUGUAAUGCGAUCGGUA